UCAAGGAGUUGGUUGGACAUGUUUACAAGGCUCACUCCAAUAAAGAAAUAUACACUGGAGAUAAGGAUGGAAUUGUAAAGGGAAUGCUUUCAGAGUCCGAGUUGAAAAAGAUUUGUAAUAAACAACUUGAUCCCAUCGAAAAAGAGCUAAAAAUUACAAAUAUCGCAACAAAAUUGCUGAAGCUUUUUGUGGAGCUCACAAUAGCUACUCCAAUAGAUGAUAAAUAUUUCAUACCAGCUCUCCUUCCAGUGAAAGAUGUUACAGAUAUCAAUCCUUAUAAGGAUCGUGAGCCAUUGCUGUUUUACUUUGAAAAGGCAACCCCAAUGGGUCUGUUCUGCUCUGUCAUCACUCGUCUACUUUCCAGCCCUUGCUACAAAAUUGCUUCGAUAGAAAGUAAUUUCUCUAAUUACAUUGAAUUGAAAUAUCGUACAGAAGGAGUCGCGUCAUUCUACAUUGUUCUAGUUGAACAGGUCAAUUGCAUUGAAGUCCAUUGUGAGGAACAGAGAGGUGAAGGGAUAGUAAGGGAAGAUGUAAGAGAAGCGAUCACUUUAGCAGCUGAAAAACACAAUCUCAGUGACAGUCAUAGGAUUCCAGAUCUCCGAUUUUAUUGUCCAUGUAAGCGUGGCCCUGGAAGUGCUGGUACUAGAGGAAGUGCUAGUGCUCAUGAAGGACAAGGUACUGGUCCUGAUGAAAGUGGAACUGAUGGAGGUGGUGCUAACAGUGGAGGAGGUGUGUCAAAAGGGAAGAAGCAUACAGUUGAAGUUGAGACAGUCAAUAAGGAGCAUAUCUUUCGAUGCAGUGAAAACCCACGCAUUAAAUGUGAAGAUAAGAAACAGUUAUGGAGCUCCUGGCUUGACGCUGGUGCAAACACUCCCAUUUCUAUUGAUGAGCCAAAUUCUCCAACAAAGCGAAGUACUGUGAAAAGACAUCUAUCUGAGACAGAGAGCUCUGGUUCUUCACAAUCUAAACGUAGACAUGUUGAUGAGGAAACUGAUAGCAAGAAGCUUUCUAAGGAAACAGUCCAAAGAAUAUUUCAUUUUUCUGCUCACCAUUACAGACUGAUAGGGACUGGAUUGGGUGUAGAUGUAGCUGAUCUGAAAGAUACAGAUAAAGCAACUAAUAAUCUUAUUCAAGUCUUUCAGAGGUGGUUUGAUGCCAAUAAAAAUGUCAGUUGGGGUACUCUAAGAGAACUUUGUGAAGAGGACUAUCCUAAUGAUCUGGGCCAAGCAAAGGCUAAACUAAAUAAAGUACUUGACAGCCAGUCUUCUUAAAAGAAUGAUGCCAGCUCCUCAUAUUUUAAUUAUUAAAAUGAUGUUUUUUCUAUUGUUUACAU